AUGUCCAGAAAAGGCCCAUUUGACUUAACAAAAUGUGCAAGAGCGAAUAUUUUGCAACUGGAGCCAUAUAGGUGUGCAAGAGAUGACUAUAAGGAUGAUGGAACGAACGUCCUUCUCGACGCAAAUGAGAACGCAUACGGCCCCGGACUGGCCCUGACGGACGACGGGAGCCUUGAAAAUGUAACCACAAGCGGGAAGGCCCCAGAUCUUGAUUUUCUAGGCCUCAAUCGCUAUCCUGACCCACAUCAAUUAGAGCUAAAGGCACUUCUCUGCGAUCUACGAAACACUCACGCUCACACCGAAAAGGACCUGGACCCAUCGAAUCUCUUCGUCGGCGUGGGAUCUGACGAGGCGAUUGACGCCCUACUCCGAUGUUUCUGCGUUCCCGGCAAGGAUAAGAUCCUAACUUGCCCGCCCACAUACGGAAUGUAUUCUGUCAGUGCACACGUAAACGAUGUUGGAAUCGUCAAAGUACCCUUGGACACGGACAACGGGUUCCAAUUGCGCCCCGACGCAAUUAAUGCGACCCUUUCGGGAACCGCAGACAUCAAGAUGGUGUAUAUCUGCUCCCCCGGGAAUCCCACAGCAAACUUGAUUCGAAAAGAGGAUAUACAAAAAGUGCUCGAGCACCCUACCUGGAAUGGUGUUGUCGUCGUGGACGAGGCGUAUAUAGAUUUUGCGCCUGAAGGGUCCAGCUUAGCAGAAUGGGUUACCGAAUGGCCGAAUCUGGUAGUCAUGCAGACUCUAAGUAAGGCUUUUGGGCUAGCUGGAAUCCGAUUGGGGGUUGCAUUCACAAGUCCAGAAAUUGCGAGAAUGUUGAACAGCCUCAAGGCGCCAUACAACAUCUCCAGUCCUACCAGUGCGUUGGCAAAAGCUGCGUUGUCGCCCGCUAAUCUCGCAGUGAUGCGAAGAAAUAGGGAGAAGAUUAUCGUUCAGCGGGAACGCAUGCUGAAAGAGUUGCCUAAAGUCCCCGGGGUAGGGAGAUUUCUCGGCGGCACCGAGUCCAACUUUUUACUUGUGGAGAUUUUGGACAAGCCAUGCCAGGAUGGGGGUAAGCCCUGUAACAAGGUUGCUCUAGCCGUGUAUCAAUCCCUCGCAGAACGGAAAGGGGUUGUGGUUCGAUUCAGAGGGAAAGAAUACGGAUGCGAAGGGUGUCUAAGGAUCACAGUGGGGACAGAGGCAGAAGUGACGAGAUUCCUAGCCGAAUUGGAAGCUGUGCUCAAACAUAUCUAUACUGCUAGUUCAUCAAGUUGA